AUGCCUUCACAGGUCUUCAAAGCUUCGCAAAGCUCACAGAGCACAACAAAAGUCACUCAGACUUUCACCGGCGAUGUUUAUCUCGACUUCAUUCAUCACGACACAAAAGCAGCCAUCGCAAAUGUCACAUUCACGCCUUGUGCGAGAACAUACUGGCACACUCACGAAGAAGGACAGAUGCUGAGGCGGAUUGAAGCUGGUGACGUGGUUUGGGCGGCACCAGGAACGACCCACUGGCAUGGGGCGGACGAUGGAUGUCUCAUGACACAUUUGGUGAUUGGGAUCGGCAAGACAAUUUGGCAUGAUGAGGUUUCAGACGAGGAGUAUGGCAAGAAGGGCUGA